AUGUGGCUCUCCCAAGACCAUUCAGUCUUUGUGCUGUUGCUAUUUGGCUCUGCUGACCGAUGGGUUUGCCGACCGCUGCCUCAGGGGAUGUGUGCUGUAUUCUCCCUGGGCAUCGCUCUCAGAGGGAUGUGGUCAGAGGUGGUUAUUGUGCUGCUUUCACUCUCGGUGAGGCUUCACGCCCAGGUGAGUGCAGUUCCGCAUAGGACAGGCAUGGAACAUACAUCUGCUGACAUCUACAUACAUCUGACUCAAACGGCCCCAAAAGGACAGGCCCCGGGAAGGCUUCCGGUUUGGGGGAGAUGGCCCUUUCGCAGACAGAAGGCAGAAAACGAGUGUCAUUUUGGAAAUGCUUCAAUCCAUGGGGUUUUCGUCAGUGUUCUGUUCUGCGAUCCAGAGCGGUGA